GUCAAUUCAAGGUGCAUUGCUGCCGCGGAUUAAAGUUAGCGUAAACUGACCCUGCGAACGCUUGGGCAAACCUUUGCCAGCUUUCUUAUUCUGUUUGCGCUAACAUAACCGGCAGUAGCAAAAACCUGUGUGUGCAGGCAACGACAGUUUCAUUUAAUCAGGAGGAAUGCAUUCCCCACUUGCUCUGCUUAUUUCGGGAUUUCUGUGGAUUGCCGUCACAGUGUCUUCCCCGCCAGACAGCUGACAAACUUUUGCUGAUAAACGAUAUCAACUGGGACGACGACGACGACGGCACCGGGUACGAUAGCUUCGUUUCAGGAUCGGGCUAUCUUGCACCGAGCGGCUACUGGCCCAACAACGGACAACAGAUUCCUUAGGAAGUGGCAGGAUUUGACGACGAACAAAGAGCCCUAAUAGAAAGUGCAGUGCGAACUCUGGAAUUUCGAGUCAGCGGCUGCGUAACGUUCACGAAGCGCACCUUGACCCACAAGGAAUACAUUCUGAUCCAGCAUCACACGAGAUUCACACCAGUAUGUAAGGCAGACAUUGGUCGCACUAUCGGGCAUCCCACCAAAGUCAAACUGCAUUCGCGCUGCUUGUCACCCGGCACCAUCCAACACGAGGUGAUGCACGCGCUGGGAUUCUUCCACGAACACAGUCGCCCGGAUCGGGACGACUACAUCAGCAUAGUGCCCGGCAACAUGGUGACCGACAUCCACGAAAGGAACUUCCGCAAACUGCCUCGAAUGGCUACCUUCGGUCUUCCCUAUGACUUGGAGUCGCUGCUGCAUUACGGUCCGGAAUUAUCCAAGAGCCCCGACAAGCCGGCCAUUGCGCCAAUAGCCAAAACACCGUCCCGAUGGAUGGGCCAACAAUAUGGCCUCAGCCUGUUGGAUGUCGCUAGACUGAAGGCUGCUUACAACUGCAUCCAGAAAGAUGUCACUGCUGAGCGACAGCGUUGCCCGAGGCCAGUCUGCCCUGACACUAACGAAGAGAAGAGAAUUACAGCUGUCUGGCUAUCCAGGAAUGCUAGGACAUGGGCCUCAAUCAACAACGCCACGGUCUAUGCAACUCUGAGAGAUACAAACAAUCUGCUGUUCGACAGUCAAACUGCAAUAACAAAUGCCUUCGGUGAAUUCACGUUGUCCGUACCAGUGACAACCAGGUAUACCAUAACUUUCGAAAUGCCUGGGUUCUUUCCAGUUCUUCUACAAGAUUUCCUUCGCGAUCUCAGGGUGGAAGGCAACGUCUCGAUGGAACCCUUGUUGUGGAUCAACAAAACCUCGGCCGGAAAUGGCACAGCUAACGGACGUCUCUUAUAUAUGAAAAUUGGUGACUGCGACGUUGAUACACCUGCGUCUACGCUAAAUGUUAACAUCCGUUACGGGCUGAAUAAUAUUUCCGGGCCUAUCUUCGCGACAACCACAUCGAAUGAAGAUGGUUACUGGAGCCAAAGUCUACCAGCGGGAUAUUACACGGCAACAGUCAGCGCGGCAGGAUACCUGCCGAAAACUUUUUCGGUCGUCGUUUGCGCUGGAGGCAGCUCAAACAUUUAUCAUUCACUCAUGCCUCUCGUGUCGUACGAUGAUAUUAGGAUAAUUCACUUUGAUGUGAGAUCUGACACGUAUAUGAAGUUGGUAGUCGAGGGGCCGCUGCAAGACAGUCAACAGCGAACACGUGUGGAAUGUCUGGGAACGAGACUGAGCGCUGAUAAUCUGAUUCAUACCGACUAUGCUGGAGCGUAUGCCGAUAGUACCCUCAUCAAGAAGCAGUUGCCCGGCAUGUAUCGUAUCAGCGUUUACGAUUGGAAUAACCGUAAAGGAGCCCCGAGCAGGCGCUUGGUCAAUUCCAACUCUGUUGUCGAAAUCUAUCGCGGUAAGAAUCUGUGGGCAAGAUUUUUUGUUCCCAAUCGAGUUGGCAACACGUGGAACGUGGCAGAAUUUAACGGAGUAAAUCUAACGGCCAUCAAUGAACUUACGACAGAGUUCCACGACGCAUGAAACCCCACCCAGGAUUCUUUUGUAGUUAACCAUAGCUGAAUUGUCUGAUAAUUGAUAUCAAUCAAAGUACAGAUUUAUACUUCCGUUUCUGUUUUUGCAACAGACGCGGGUAAUCGCUAAAAGAAGAAAUAGCAGUGUUGUAUGAUACCAUACUGUAGUGGUCCCGGUCAAUCCGGAUGAUACAUAGUAGAUUUCGUGAGUACAUUAUACAUGGUUUAGUUUACCAGCAUGGCAUAAAUAAGGAAAAGGUGCAUUUUUUUGUUUCU